GCAGAGGCUGCCCUUUUGAGAGGGGGUCUGGGGGCAGGGAGCGGGCCCUCUGGGGUCUUGGGCUGUCGCAGGGACUCGAGAAAGCCAUGCAGAGCCUAGAGCCAUGAAGGACUGCUCAGACAUCAUCCUCUGCGUGGAAGCGACAGAGCUGAGCAAGACUGAAUUCUGCAAUCCUGCUUUUGAGCCUGAAUCAGGGCCACCUUGCCCCCUACCCAGCCUCCAGGAGGACGCCAGCUGCAGCACCCGAGCUCCCUGGCAUGGUCGGCGUCCCCGAGGGCUGCAGCCUGACUGCCACUUCUCCUGGCUGUGUGUCCUCCUGCUGGCCAGCCUGCUGCUGCUGCUGCUUGGGCUGCUGGUGGCCAUCAUCCUGGCCCAAUUGCAGGCUACACCUGCGUCCGGGGCCUCCCAUUAUCCACUGCCUUCCCAAGGCCUCACCACCAUUGGCUCCAGCCCCACUCCCAUCCCCACCACCUCUCAGGCAACUGGGACCCCUAAAGGGCAACCGGAGGCAGGCAUGAGCAUGAGCCCCGCACCCCAGUCGGCCUGUGGGGGCCUCCUUCCUGGCCCAAGGGGCUUCUUCAGCAGCCCCGACUACCCAGACCCUUACCCACCCAACGCCCACUGCGUGUGGCAUAUCCAAGUGGCCACAGACCAUGCAAUACAGCUCAAGAUCGAAGCUCUCAGCGUGGAGAGUGUGGCCUCCUGUCUUUUUGAUCGCUUGGAAAUCUCCCCCGAGCCUGAAGGCCCCCUCCUCAGAGUGUGUGGGAGGGUGCCUCCCCCCACACUCAACACCAAUGCCAGCCACCUCCGCGUGGCCUUCGUCUCUGACAGCAGCGUGGAAGGAUCUGGCUUCCAUGCCUGGUACCAGGCCGUGGCCCCCGGUCAUGGGAGCUGUGCCCACGAUGAGUUCCCCUGCGACCAGCUCGUCUGCCUGCUACCUGACUCGGUGUGCGACGGCUUUGCCAGUUGCGCCGAUGGCAGUGACGAGGCCAACUGCAGCGCCAAGUUCUCGGGGUGUGGGGGGGACCUGACUGGGCUCCAGGGCACUUUCUCUGCUCCCAGCUACCCGCAGCAGUACCCUCACCAACAGCUUUGCACCUGGCACAUCUCGGUGCCCGCUGGACAUGGCAUUGAACUGCUGUUCCACAACUUCAGCCUGGAAGCUCAGGACGAGUGCAAGUUUGACUACGUGGAAGUGUAUGAGACCCGCAACUCAGGGGCCCUCAGCCUCCUGGGCAGGUUCUGUGGAGCAGAGCCGCCCCCACGCCUCAUCUCCUCACACCACCAGCUGGCUGUGCUCUUUAGGACAGACCGUGGCAUCAGCAUCGGGGGCUUCUCGGCCACCUACCGGGCCCUCAAUGCCACAGAGAACCCCUGUGGGCCCGGAGAGUUCUCCUGCCGGGAUGGAGGGUGUACGAAUCUGCAGUGGAUGUGUGGCAUGUGGAGAGACUGCGCAGAGAGCAGCGAUGACAACUGCAGCAGCCCAUUGCUCCCACCCCCCGAGCUGGCCUGUGAGCCUGUCCAGGUGGAGAUGUGCAUCGGUCUGAGCUACAACACCACGGCCUUCCCUAACAUCUGGGUGGGCAUGGCCACCCAGGAGGAGGUGGUGGAGGUCCUCAGAGGUUACAAGAGCCUGACAAGCCUGCCCUGCUACCAGAAUUUCCGGAGGCUCCUUUGCGGGCUACUUGUGCCCCACUGCACCCCACUAGGCAGUGUCCUUCCCCCUUGCCGCUCUGUCUGCCAGGAGGCAGAGCGCCAGUGCCAGUCUGGCCUGGCACUACUGGGCACCCCCUGGCCCUUUAACUGCAACAGGCUGCCUGAGGCAGCUGGCCUGGAGGCUUGUGCCCAGCCCUGA